AUUUGAGUGCAUUUUCCCGUAGAAUCAAAACAAAGCGUGUUGAAAAUUCUCAUAUAAUGGUUUAUGAUGGCUGGAGGAGUAGUUAGGUGUGUUUUUAAUUUUGAUGGAGAUAAAAAUGGAGAUCUUUCACUUGUUGCUGGUGACUAUGUAAAAAUAACAAAUGUUCUAAAUGAUAACUGGUAUGAAGGAGUGUCUGACAAUGGAUGUAAAGGCCGAUUUCCUAAAGUUUUUACUGAAGAUUGCGAAGGUAUAAUCAAUUUAGCAAUUGCUCUAAGUAAGUUUGAUGCUGAGCAAGAAAGCGACUUAUCUUUAGAAAAAGGCGAUAUAGUAUUAAUUUCAGAUGUUAUUGAUGAAAAUUGGAUGCAAGGAUUUAAAAAAGGUUGUUUAAAUAAAGGUAUUUUUCCAAAAGAUUUUGUAAAACAUGUUGACAAUGAAAUAGUUUUGAAAGAAUUAAAAAAAACUUCAGUAUCAUUAUUAACGAAAGACUCUGUAAGUGAUAUUAUUGCUGAUGUUAUUAACAAUUUUUCUGCUCAAUUUAAUGACGAGUUAACUUUAAAAGUUGGUACAAAAAUUAAAUUUAUAAAGUUUAUAGACAACUUUUGGUCUUUUGGUGAGAGCUUAGAAGAUAAAAAGCAAGGAAUUUUUCCUACUGAAUUUGUUAAACUACCAUCGAAUAUAGAUUUUAAUUUGAAUAAAAAUUUGAAAAAUAAAGAAAUAAUUGAUUUAGAUGUUAAUAAUGCAGUUUCCUCAGAGCCUUGUAAUGAUUCAUCCCCAUUUAAUGAUAAUAAAUCGAGUUAUUUAAAAAAAGCUUUUGCAUUGUUUUCUUUUAGCAGUGCAGAACCAGGUGAUUUAAACUUUGAAAAAGAUUCAGAAAUUUUAAUUAUUGAAAAAAUUAAUGAACAUUGGUUUAAGGGUCGAUUCAAUGAUAAAGAAGGUAUAUUUCCCUCUAGUUUUGUGAAAAUUGCAGAUGAAAAAAUAACCUUGCAAACAGAAUUAAGUUUUUCUAAUACACCUGAAAAUCAAGUUUAUUGUCAUGAUGCUGUUUCAACCUCAGAAGAUGUGAAUCCAUGUAAAACCACUGAUUCCGCAGUGAGUAAUUACAAUAAAAAAAACACAAAUCAAAAUUUAAUUACAAGUAAAAAAUUAAAUGAGGAAAAUUUGAUGUCCGGUUGUGCUUUAAAAAUAACCAAUCCAUUAUUAAUUAUACCAUUUAGUUACAGAAAAAAUGAAAACUCAAACAUUGUUGUGCUCAAAAAACUUUUUUGACAUGUGUAAAUUACUUUUUUUAGAUAAUUUAACAGCCAUUU